CUUUUCCCGCGGCCUCUCACCCAAUUGCUGUGGGCUGGUCUCUGCCUCAUCAGUCACUUCCUCCUCCAGCCAGGCUCCUCCUGUUUCCCUCCCCAAAGUUCUGUCUGGUCAGUCACUCAGUUCUGCUGAGACCUUGAGGAGCAAGUCAGUGGCCUAAGAGGGAUUCGUUUCCCUCAGGGGCCGUGGGCCCUGGGGGCGGCAUUUUGAUGCUCCGAAUUAGAAAAUUUUGAUUCUCAUGGCAAACCCUGUUCCUGUGCAGAGGAGCCACCUCCAGGGCCCCAUCCUCAGGCUACGCUACAUGGUGAAGCAGUUGGAGAAUGGGGAGGUCAACAUUGAGGAGCUGAAGAAAAACUUGGAGUACACAGCUUCCCUGCUGGAGGCCGUCUAUAUAGAUGAGACUCGGCAAAUCUUGGACACGGAGGAUGAGCUGCAGGAGCUUCGGUCAGAUGCUGUGCCUUCCGAGGUGCGGGACUGGCUGGCCUCCACCUUCACCCAGCAGGCCCGGGCCAAAGGCCGGCGGGCAGAGGAGAAGCCCAAGUUCCGCAGCAUUGUGCACGCUGUGCAGGCUGGGAUCUUCGUGGAACGGAUGUUCCGGAGAACAUACACCUCUGUGGGCCCUACCCAUUCCACUGCCGUCCUCAAGUGUCUCAAGAACCUGGACCUCUGGUGCUUCGACGUCUUUUCCUUGAACCGGGCAGCAGAUGACCAUGCCCUGAGGACCAUCGUUUUUGAGUUGCUGACUCGGCAUAACCUCAUCAGCCGUUUUAAGAUUCCCACUGUGUUUUUGAUGAGUUUCCUGGAUGCAUUGGAGACAGGCUACGGGAAGUACAAGAACCCUUACCAUAACCAGAUCCAUGCCGCUGAUGUGACCCAGACAGUCCAUUGCUUCUUGCUCCGCACAGGGAUGGUGCACUGCCUGUCCGAGAUUGAGGUCUUGGCCAUCAUCUUUGCAGCAGCCAUUCAUGACUAUGAGCACACAGGCACGACCAACAGCUUCCACAUCCAGACCAAGUCAGAAUGUGCCAUCCUAUACAACGAUCGCUCAGUGCUGGAGAAUCACCACAUUAGUUCCGUUUUCCGAAUGAUGCAGGACGACGAGAUGAACAUUUUCAUCAACUUAACCAAGGAUGAGUUUGUAGAGCUGCGGGCCCUGGUCAUCGAGAUGGUGUUGGCCACAGACAUGUCUUGCCAUUUCCAGCAAGUGAAGUCCAUGAAGACAGCCUUGCAGCAGCUGGAGAGGAUUGACAAGUCCAAGGCCCUGUCUCUACUGCUCCAUGCUGCUGACAUCAGCCACCCAACCAAGCAGUGGUCGGUUCACAGCCGCUGGACCAAGGCUCUCAUGGAGGAAUUCUUCCGCCAGGGUGACAAGGAGGCAGAACUGGGCCUGCCCUUUUCUCCGCUGUGUGAUCGCACUUCCACUCUCGUGGCACAGUCCCAGAUUGGUUUCAUUGACUUCAUUGUGGAGCCCACAUUCUCUGUGCUGACUGAUGUGGCUGAGAAGAGUGUCCAGCCUCUGGCGGAUGAGGACUCCAAGUCUAAAAACCAGCCCAGCUUCCAGUGGCGCCAGCCUUCUCUGGACGUAGAAGUGGGAGACCCCAACCCUGAUGUGGUCAGCUUCCGCUCCACCUGGAUCAAAUACAUUCAGGAGAACAAGCAGAAAUGGAAAGAACGGGCAGCAAGUGGCAUCACCAACCAGAUGUCCAUUGACGAGCUGUCCCCCUGUGAGGAGGAAGCCCCACCCUCCCCCGCCGAAGAUGAACACAACCAGAAUGGGAAUCUGGACUAGCCUGGGGCUGGCCCAGGACCCUCCUGAGUCCAAAGUGUUCGAUGUCAUCAGCACCAUCCAUCGGGACUGGCUCCCCCAUCUGCUCCAAGGGAGCAUGGAGGUUGAGGAACAGACAACCCACCCGAAGGCCAAAUGCCAGAGUUCGUGGGGUUGGGGGAAGGGCCCCUCCCCACCCGUCACCCAUUGGGGCGCACUUUAAUCUCCCGGCAGCAAGACUGGGGAACUUCAGGCUCACAAUAGUCACUGUGCCCAUCCCCCUGCCUCUGGACUCCCCCCAUGGCCAGAUGGCUGGCUGGGAAGGGGGGCUUCCUGGAGGCUUUCCAGGGCCUGGGGGGAGGGCCAGAGAUGCCAGCCCCCUGGGCUCUCCCCCAUCCUUUUUGCCUCCAAGUUUCUAAGCAAUACAUUUUGGGGGUUCCCUCAGCCCCCUACCCCAGAUCUUAGCUGGAAGGUCUGGGUCCCCCUUUUCCUCCCCUGGGAGGGGCUGGAAUAGGAUAGAAAGCUGGGGGGUUUCAGAGCCCUAGGUGUGGGAAAGGGAGUGGGCUCCUUCAGGGCAUGGUAUCUUUCUAGGGCCUGGGAAUGUGGAGGGGCAGCCUCUUUACCCCAGACCCACACUGCUCCAGCCCCAUCCCCAGCCUGACCGCGCCCCCUCCCCCCCCACCGCCUCCCCUCCCUCAGUCUUCCUCUCUCCCAUUCUGAAAUAGUGACUGGGGGAAGAGAGAGGUCAUUGGCAGGGACAGAGACGAAGCCUUCCUGGGGUCCCCAAGAGCUUGGGACUUGUCUAGACCCCCGGGGCUUGUCACCUGUCCUGGCUGAGGCCUGAGCCCUUUGCCUCCUUCCACUCCCUGGGUCUGGGAGGCUUCCAUCCGACCAAUGUCUGUAAAGUGCUUUGAGGUCUCCCCAGCAAAGCACCUUCAGGAUGCAUCUUAUGAACACAGGCAGGAGAGAUCAGCUGUCUUGGGGUCAAAGGUGCAUGGUGAGGGGAGAGGUGUUAUCCAGUAAUACUGUGUUGCUCACAGUGGGCCCCUCCCAUGUCUCCCCCUCCCAGCACUGGCCCAGCUGCAGGCACCAAGAGGCCCCUCCCCUGGGACAAGUGGGCGUGGCGAGUGGAAGGCAGAUGGGGAGGGGUUCUGGGCUGCUGCUGUCAUGUCCUCUGAAGAGAGCCCAGCUAGGUCCCCUGCCCCUUCCUCUCCUCAGGCUCCUCUCACCCUGCCUUGUCCCAGGAAAGGCCUAAGUCCAGGUGACUUCCCUCCUUUCUUGUAAAUACCAACCAUGCAUUUGUACAGUGGGCUUUGUUCAUGUGAAGUCCAUAUUCAUGGUCUCUUAGACCUGCUACCCUGCCACCUGUCCCUCCUACCCCACCCCGAGUGGGUCAGAGACGCAUGUGACUCACCCAUUCCCUUGGCCUCCCAGAACCCUGCUAUAGUCAGAGAUCAAUAAAGAAGGGAGACCAGGC